GUUCAAAUCAAGCGGGAAGGAGGGAAAGGAGAAAGGUCAUGGUACUGCUUCUCCUCUCAGGGGUCCUCAGACCGACGUCGGGGAAUGAGGGGCCUUAAGGAGGGACAUGGACCUUGUACAAGCCUGGGAGCUGCCCCGCUGGAGCCUGGAGCCCACGGCUGAUGCCCUGCGUCUCGCCACGGUCCUCGUUUUCCUGGUGUGUCCCCACUACGCCCUGGUGAUGGCCUCGUGUAAACUGGAUGAGUACCCGGUGUGGGACUACUGUUGCCCCAAGUGCCGGCCAGGUUACCGGGUGAAGGAGGCCUGCAGGAACUCCAAGGCCACGCUGUGCGUGCCCUGCGCUGCCGGGACCUUCACUGCCCACCUGAACGGCCUGGACGAGUGUCUACAGUGUCGGGUCUGUGACCCAGACAUGGGCCUGGUGACCAGGAAGAGGUGCUCCAGCACCGCGAACACUGAGUGCGGCUGCGCCCGGGGCCACUUCUGCGUGUCCCAGGACACCGACCAGUGUGCCGAGUGCAGGCCCCACAGCGUCUGCGGGCCGGGCCAGCAGGUGCAGGACGCAGGCACCGAGCACCAGGACACGGUGUGUGAGGACUGCCCGCCCGGCACCUUCUCUCCCAACGGGACCCUGGCGGCGUGCCAGCCCUGGACCCAGUGCAGCGGCCUGCUUGAGAGGCAAGUGGAGCCUGGGACCCGCAGCGCAGAUGCCAGGUGCUCCUCCUGGGCACUGUGGCUCGUCCUGCUCCUGCCCCUCGUCCUCUGCGUGGCGCCCACAGCCGUCUGGCUCACAAGGAGGCAUCUCCACGGACCCACCCAGAAGUGCUGCCUCUGUCAGGGCAACAGACAGCAGGCCGAAGAAAACGCCGCCGCAGCGGUCCAAACCCUGGGGGUCACCGAGGUCCUGCCUGAUGUCACCACGGUGGCCGUGGAGGAGACGGCCUCCAUGUUCCCCAAGACAGACCCGACCGCCGACCAAUAGCCGCAGGGCGCAGCCACUUGA